ACACCAGCCUCUAUUUCUCUCUCACAGUGUCACACUGUUAAUCCGACCAGUCCAGCAGUGGGAAAGGAGCCGGACACCCUCCUACUUAAAUACCACGCUAACGGUGCCCACGAAACCUUGACAAGAUGGCCGCCGUGCCAGUGGACCCAGAGACAGAGCCACGUAUGUACCAGCAGUCGCUUCUUCUGGGUGGCCUCUGUGAACUUCUCGAGAAUGACAAGUUUGUGGACUGUGUCCUGAAGAUUAAGGAUCAGGACUUCCCUUGCCAUAAGCUGGUGCUGGCUGCCAGCAGCCCUUACUUUAAGGCCAUGUUUCUGUCUGACAUGGAGGAGAGCAAAAAACGAGAAGUAAUCCUGAAGGAUGUGGAACCAGGCAUCAUGGGGAUGAUCCUGAGGUACAUCUAUACCUGUAACAUCGACCUGACUGAGCAGAACGUCCAGGAUAUCUUCAUAGCGGCAAACAUGUACCAGAUCCCUUCCAUCUUUAGCGUAUGUGUAUCCUACCUGGAGCAUAAGAUGGUCCUGAGCAAUUGUCUAGCCAUCUUCAGGCUCGGACUACUGCUGGAAUGUCCGAGACUGGCAGCAAAGGCUCGGGACUACAUUUGCGAACGUUUUGAGGUCAUCAUCCGUGACCAGGACUUCCACCAGCUGGGACCUGGAGAACUGGCUGCCAUUAUCACAUGUGAUUCCCUUAAUGUGGAAAAGGAAGAGAAGGUGUUUGAAGCUCUAAUGCAAUGGGUCCAGUAUGAUCAGGUUGAAAGGCUGAAGGAUCUCCCAGAACUUCUACACUGUAUACGAUUUCGUCUGAUGCCAGCUGCUUAUUUUAAGGAGAAAGUAGAGGGGCAUCGAUUGAUCAAAACCAACCAGGAGAUCAAGAAAGAUCUGCAGCUUAUCAAGGAUGCACAAAAGGGACUGCUGCCCAAAGUCAGCAGGCCAUCAGGCAAGAAGGCAGGAGCUGCAAAAGGUGAUGAUGAAGAUGAGGAUGAAAAUGAUGAGAAUCUGCUUCCUGGGAUCUUAAAUAAUAAUCUACGCUUUGGGAUGUUUCUAACAGACUUUAUAUUACUGAUUAGCGACACAGGGACGGUUGCCUACGACCCUGCUGAAAAUGAAUGCUACUUAGCUUCCACAUCUACUGAGAUACCAAAAAAUCACUGCAGCUUGGUGACCAAAGAGAAUCAGAUCUUUGUGGCUGGAGGACUCAUUUAUAACGAGCAAAACACAGAGGAACCGUUCACUUCUUACUUCCUACAGUUUGACCCCGUAAGCACUGAAUGGCUCGGGAUGCCCUCUCUGCCAACCCCCCGCUGCCUCUUUGGGCUCACUGAAGCCCAGAAUGCCAUCUACAUCGUAGGUGGAAAAGAGCUGAAAGAGGGAGAGCAUGCUUUAGACACUGUCAUGAUCUACGACCGACAAUCUUUCAAAUGGGGCGAAUCAGACCCGCUCCCGUAUUCAGUCUACGGCCAUGGGACCGUCUCACAUAACGGCCUCGUUUACGUCCUGGGUGGAAAAUCAGAGAGCAAGAAGUGCCUGAGGAGAAUGUGCGUCUACAACCCCAUGAAGUUUGAGUGGAAGGAGCUGGCGCCUAUGCAAACCGCUCGGUCCCUGUUCGGUGUCGCCGUCCACAAGAACAAAAUCUAUGUGGUGACCGGAGUCACUGAUGACGGUCUAACCAGCAAAUCCGAAGUUUAUGACAUCGCUAAAAACACGUGGUCCGAGUUUGAGGACUUCCCCCAGGAGAGAAGCUCUCUGAACCUGACCUCGCUAGCUGGCUGUCUGUACGCUGUGGGAGGCUUCGCCAUGAUGCCCAACGACACCACAGAGAAGCUGGAACCCACUGAGAUGAACGAUAUCUGGAGGUUUGACGAGGAGGAGAACUGCUGGUCUGGUAUGCUACGGGAGAUUCGCUACGCUUCAGGUGCCUCAGUGUUAGGAGUACGCCUCAACACUUUACGACUCACCAAGAUGUAAUCGUCAAGCCCACGACACAUAUCGCACAUGAAGCUUAGCGUGUGAUGAGCACUGGAACUGUUAGCGGACUGUUGACACAAUCGACUAUACCUGCAUGAUGUUUGUUUGUUUUUUUUCUCAUGGAAGAUGUAUGAGUGUAAAAACUGGACAGCAGGUGGCGCCAAAAGAAACGGACCAUUUUUUUUUUCCAUUCAAGACGUGAAAUGCAGAAAGGUGUGAUGUGAUUUCUACACGUUUGAAUUAAAGACAUCUUUAUUAGAGA